AUGCUGCGAUGCAUACUAGAACUAAGACGUCUUCCUGGCAACGGUCUCCAGUGCUACGAGGAGACCUCAACCAUGCUAAUUCUCUUCUUGGUGGUGAAGGCCGUGUUGCUGGUGCUCCACACAUUGAUGCUACUGUUCGGAUGGAAUAAUUCCAGCCCCGGCUGGUACGUUGGCAUUGGUGUUCUGCUUGCCGAUGCUAGCGUCAUAGCUUUGGCCGUGUACCUGCGAAAAUGGAUCGCCCGACGAAAGGCGUCACUUCAGGUGGAGGCCCAGCAGCUCCAGAAGGAGAAGCGCAGCGCGGCCUUGGAGCAGCUGCCCAGGCUGCAAUACGCCGAGCUGCAAACUCGAGCAGAAGUCUCCGAAAGGAUGCCUCCCAAUGCAGCAGCGAGCGAGAUGAUAUUGCAGGAUCAGUGCAUCAUCUGCUUGGGAAACUUCGAACCCGACUGCACGGUUCUACAGCUACCUUGUGGGCAUGUUUUCCAUGAGGACUGUAUUGCAGACUGGUUCUUGGAUGCGAAACAUGAUCCCUGUCCGUUUCGUUGCCAGCAUACUGCAGCUGUCGACGGCCUUGCCUUCCAGAACCAAGCUCCUGAUCUUGAUCUUGAAGCAGCCGUCGAAAGCCCUGCGUCCGAGCGGUUUCAUGGCAACACAAUGACCGCCGUGGGAAUGCACUCGGCAUUGCCCCUUGCGGAUGAAGGCGAAAGCCUUGCGGGUUCUGUUCGGGCUUGCUCUAGCCACCACCAGCCCGGCAGAAGUGCCAUUCUCCUGAUUGCAGGUUCGAGCUUGCACAACUGUUUACCAUUGUCUGCCCAUGCCACCACCUGUGUAGCGUGCAGGUGGCAAUCCGCGUAA